AAGACCAGAGGAUUAUUACAAGGCUGGUCAUGUUACAUUUUAACAUAGGACUCCUUAUUUGAUAGCAGCUUCAGCUUUACACCUUCAGGUACCCUAAAGGGGCCGACCAGCUCUCUUCCCAUGAUUCCGGUCCAAAACAUGACUCCAUCACCGCCUUGCUGACGUCACAGCCUUGUUGGAAUAGGGUGGCCGUCCACCAACCAUCCACUACUCCAUCCAUCUGGACCAUCCAGGGUUGCACGGCACUCAUCAGUGAACAGGACUGUUUGAAAAUUAGUCUUCAUGUAUUUUUCAGCCCAUUGCAGCCGUUUCUGCUUGUGAGCAUUGGUUAGUGGUAGCCGAAUUGAAGGUUUAUGCACAGUUGCAAGACUCUGGAGGACUCUACACCUUGAUGUCCGUGGGACUCCAGAGGCACCGGCAGCUUCAAAUAUCUGUUUGCUGCUAUGUAAUGGUAUUUUAGCAGCUGCUCUCUUGAUCUGAUGCAUUGAUCUGGCUGAAAUCUUCCUCAAUGUUCCUUUAACUGCACAAACCUGUCUGUGCCCUGAAUCUGCCACAAAUCUCUUAAUAGUGCAAUGAUCACGCUUAAGUUUUUGUGAAAUAUCUAAUGUUUUCAUACCUCGUCUAAGGAAUUUAACUAUGUUACUUUUUUUCGGCAGCAGAGAUAUCCUUUUUCUUCCCCAUAUUGCUUGAAAAUGGUGUCUGCUCAAUAAUGUGGAACACUCACCUUUAGUACUUUUUCCUUAAAUUGGGCUCACCUGGCAAUCUAAUUAUCACAGGUGUCCGAGAUUGUUUUUGGUGAUCAAAAGAGCCCUGAGACACAAUGCCAUCCAUGAGUUAAACUGAAAAACAAAAUAUUUAAUAUUUGAUACUUUUGUGACACUUAAAUAUCAUUUGCAUUAUAAUUUGGAACAGGGAGUAUUUGGGCAUGGCACAGUAUUGUUAUUCGACCCUGUUCAGCGGUGUAAGACAACCCAGUGUCGUGGCUCUGACUGAAUGUGACGCGUUGUCGUAUGACUGAAGGAGAAAAACUGGUUAAAAGAUCUUUACGUCUUGUAACAUGAAGACCUCAGCCUCGCCCUAUGUAAAACAUAUUCUAUGGUCUCUGAGCCUUACAGAUUUACAUUUCUUUCUUCUGCUGUCAGCGAUGGCAUCUGCUGGUCUCGGAAAGGAGCUUAAAUGUCCUGUCUGUGUCAGUCUUUAUACAGAUCCUGUAACCCUAAAAUGUGGACACAACUUCUGCCACAUCUGUAUUGAUCAGGUCUUGAAUACACAGGAGGGGUCUGGGGUUUAUUCCUGUCCUGAAUGUAGAGAACAGUCCCAGGAGCGGCCGGCACUGCAGAAGAAUAUCACUCUGUGUAAUGUGGUGGAGAAUUUCCUGUCUACUCAUCAGGACGAGGCCGUAAUCUUCUGCACUUACUGUGUGGACUCUCCUGUACCUGCUGUGAGGUCCUGUCUGAUGUAUGAGGCUUCUCUGUGUGAUAAACACCUGAAAGUUCACAGCAAGGGACCAGAACACGUCCUGACCGAGCCCAGAACUUCCCUGGAGAACAGGAAAUGUCCCAUCCAUAAGAAGAUCCUGGAAUAUUACUGCACUGAGGACUCUACUUGUAUCUGUGUGUCCUGCAGUUUGGCCGGAGAACAUGGGGGACACCCGGUGAAGAUGCUGGAUGAGGCAUCUGAGGAGAAGAAGAAGAAACUGAGAAAUGUUCUGCAGAAACUGAUCACAAAGAGAGAGAAGACUGAGGAAAGAGUCCAGAGUCUGGAGAAUCACAGUAUAAAAGCUCAAGAAAAAGUAUGUGGUGAAGACGCGAGAGUCACUGCCCUGUUUAUAGACAUCAGGAGACGGCUGGACGACCUGGAGAAGAGGAUCCUGAGUGAGAUCUCCAGGCAGGAGGAGAAGAUGUCACUGUCACGGUCAGAUGUCCUCCAGAAGCUGAAAAUACAGAAGGGAGAGCUGUCCAGGAAGAUAAGGGACAUUGAGGAGCUGUGUGACAUGACGGAUCCACUGACUGUCUUACAGGAUCCAGACACAGGUGACUUGUGUGAUCCUGAGGAGGAUGGAGGUGAUGAGGACACAGGAGGACAUGAUGGAGGUGAUGAGGACACAGGGGGACAUGAUGGAGGUGAUGAGGACACAGGGGGACAUGAUGGAGGUGAUGAGGACACUGGGGGACAUGAUGGAGGUGAUGAGGACACGGGGGGACAUGAUGGAGGCAAUGAGGACACAAGGGAACAUGAUGGAGGUGAUCAGGACACAGGAGAACAUGAUGGAGGUGAUCAGGACACUGGGGGGCAUGAUGGUGGUGAUGAGGACACAGGAGGACAUGAUGGAGGUGAUAAGGACACUGGGGGGCAUGAUGGAGGUGAUAAGGACACAGGGGGACAUGAUGGAGGUGAUGGAGACACUGGGGGACAUGAUGGAGGUGAUAAGGACACUGGGGGACAUGAUGGAGGUGAUCGGGGUCUGGAGCAGAUAUCACACAUAUCACACACAUUAUCAGAUAUAUUAAAAGGUAUAAAUGUGACCUUCUAUGUACAGGAUUCUUCAGACAUAUUACUGGAUAUAAACACUGCUCAUAAUAAUCUCCUUAUAUCAGACAAUAUGAAAACUGUGACCUGGACAGAUACAGAGCAGAAUCGUCCAAACACAGCAGCGAGAUUCCAAGAUGAUCCUCAGGUGAUGAGCAGCGGGAGAUUCUCCUCAGGGCGACAUUAUUGGGAUGUGGAGAUCAGUGAGGCAGUGUGGAGGGUGGGGAUGUGUUAUCCCGGUAUAGACAGGAGGGGGCGUCAGUCAUACAUUGGAAAUAAUAUCAAGUCCUGGGUCUUAUCUGGAGGGCUGUUUGAUAAUCAGGGUGCAGUGGUGAUACAUGACAGUGAAGCGAUCCUGUUACCUCACGAGAUCUCCAGUAAUAGAUUCAGGAUCUAUCUGGAUUAUGAGGCCGGGCAGCUGUCCUUUUAUGAGCUGUGUGACCCCAUCAGACACUUACACACCUUCAAGGCUUCCUUCACCGAGCCCCUUCAUGCUGUAUUAUGUGUAUAUAAUGGUUCUAUAAAGAUAUCAGGGGGGAGGAGCAGCUGUGAGGAGAAAUCAUCAUAGAGGAAAUCUGCCCAGAGACUGGUGACAUCACAGGGAGCAGAAUCUGAUUGGCGGAGCAUUGAGCCAAUAACAUGCAGUAGUGGGUGGGGCUUCAGUUGAGCUUUUUCUGUUUGGCUUUUGGUAUCUUGUUAUUGUGAUAUUUUUUUCUUUGUGGUUUGGUAGUUUAUCCCCUUAAUAGGAAUGUUUGUGGCAUCUAAUUUGUUUGUUUCGUUUUUGGCUCUCGUAUUAAUAAUAAUAAUAAUAAUUAAAAAUGUUAUAAAAAUAAUAAAUAAUGAUUGCACGGGGGGCG